AUGGACAUGCUCGCCUCCCUCAACCGCUUCCAAGCCGACCGCGCAGAGGCAGCAGCACGCAACCUUCCUCAGUCUCGUCCGGCUGCUGCGCCCGCUCGAACAUCAACACCCAAACCAGCUCCUGCGCCUCCCGAGAAGCGAACGCACGAUGCCGCCUUCCCUGCCGCACCGACUGGCGAGAUCUUCAAAGUUGUCGUAAACACCGUCGAAUAUCUGAAGGGCAAGAACGCCGCACCCGUGCCAUUCGAGGAAAUAAUUCGAUACCUUAGUCUCCCCGUCGACCUGCAGAGGAAACAAGAGACCAUCAAGCGCGCAUUGCGUACGCACAACCGCGUGCAGCAGAUUACCAUCGAUGGCAAGGAGAGCUUCAAGUACCGGCCUCAACAUGAUGUCACGAAUGGAGACGAACUUCUCAGCUACCUAGCCCGCCAAGACAGCGCCGCAGGCAUCCCCGUCAAAGAACUCAAAGACGGCUGGCCUGACUGCGUGCCUACGCUUAAAAGGCUGGAGGCUGAUGGUCAGGUCCUACUUACAAGCAACAAGAAGGACGGUGUACCGCGAGUUGUCUAUGCUGACGACCCUUCUUAUUACCCUGCCUCCACAUCAUCCCUGAAAGGAGCAGUCGACCCGGAGUUUGUGGACUUCUGGUCCAAGAUCCGAUUACCGGCGAAUGAGAAUGACAUUCGUGUGGAGCUGGAGAGGGCGGGACUGACGCCUACGAGUGCGGUGAGGGAGGUCAAGAAGGUGGAGAUGCGGAAGGACAAGAAGAGAAGGGCGGAGAAGAAGAACGCCAAGAAGACGAAUGUGCAUUUGGCCGGCGUGCUGAAGGAUUAUUCAAAGCUUAAGCAGGUUGGGCGUUAA